GCAUUUUGGGCAUACUUCCUAGACUUUAGGGCUCAUCCAUCCGCAAUGAAUCGGUCCUUUGCGGGAAUGGGCGAGGAGUGGAGGAUGAAUUUGGGGUUGUCGAGGCUCAUUGGCGAGGCCAUGGCGGUUCCAGCGUGGGAGUAUGCCAUUCUCUCCACUCUCAUUGCGAUUGUGCUCCUCUACCAUGUCCUGGAUUUCCAUUUCGUCGGCGACCUCCUCACGGGGCUCAGGGGCGAUAAGGUGGAGCUCGUUUAUAGCCCUUUCUCUCGAAUUGCGGGGCAAAUUCUCGCCAAAUCCCAGUUCUUCAAUCGCAGAUAUUGGCCAACGCCAUGGCUUUGUAGUCCACACCUCCAAACAGCGUUUGUGCAUUUCCAUGGACGGCCACCAAAGGUGACUUACAGGAGAGAGCUUUUCGUCGCGCCAGAUGGAGGCACGACUGCUCUCGACUGGCUCGAUCCAGAGUCAUCUGGGAGUAUCUCUAUACAAGAGACUCCUAUAGUGAUCAUCGUGCCGGGACUAAGCAGUGAAUCGAGCAACGCUUAUAUGAAGCAUUUGGCCCAUGGAAUGGUAAAUCAAGGCUGGAGAGCCGUCGUCAUAAACCACAGAGGCCUCGGAGGCGUGACUCUCACCUCGGAGCGAUUCUAUCACGCAGGAUGGACGAGCGAUUUGAGAUGGUUUAUCCAGGAUUUACACAAGCAAUUUCCUAAGGCACUUCUUCUAGCAGUUGGCACCAGCCUCGGUGCUAAUAUCCUGGUGAAGUAUCUAGGUGAAGAAGGCGAGAACACUUUACUUGGUGGUGCAGUCUCUAUCUGUAAUCCCUGGGAUCUUGUGGUUUGCGACAGAUUUAUAGCUCGGAAACCUGUCCAAAAGCUCUAUGAUAAAGCAGUAGCAACGGGACUUACUGACUUUGUGCACAGGCAUUCGACCGUGCUGUCAAGUAUGGACAACUGGAACUUUAUCAGGAAGUCACGCUCUAUACGAACUUUCGAUCAUCUUUUCACGAUAACAGUCGGCAAGUUUGAGACAGUGGAUGAUUACUAUCGACGGUCCAGCAGUGCUCACCUCGUUGGCUCGGUCGCCGUGCCCCUCCUUGCUGUUAACUCUCGCGACGAUCCCUUGUGCACAAAAGAAGCUAUUCCAUGGGACGAAUGCAGGCUCAAUCCUAAUGUCCUACUUGCAGUGACACGGCACGGUGGCCACCUUGCGUACUUUGAAGGCUUGACUGCCAAAAGCAUUUGGUGGGUUCGUGCUAUUGAGGAGUUUUUCCAAGUUAUAGUUUCGAGUUCUCCGGUGCCAGUUUCAGAGGAUCCUAGUCCCCAGCCAGUCUCAGAACCUUUGCCAGUAGUAGCAGCAGCGGAAGAGCCCUCCACCUCUUGUACAACUGUGGAGCCGGACGUUGCUGAAACGAUGGUGCUGAACGAGGAAGAGAUCUUUUCCGAGGAAUCUAGUCGGGAACUGGAGUUCCAGCCUCGAACGGCUGCUGCAGAGCUAGAAUCCUCCAUUUCGAUGGACGAAGAGGGCCUCAGCAUCCACUUGUGCUUGAAGACUCGCCAGGAGAUGCUUGCGCUCCAGCGUGCCUUGUCCAGUAUCCUUGAAGAGCCUACGAGUAAGAAGCAGCAAAAACUCGAAGCUUCGACAAUUGGAACCAAGCAAGCACUGUUGCUGCUAGCUGUUCCUCUUGUUGGUUCAGCUCUUGCGCUCGGCUUGCGACGAAAAUACUUCGAAAAGCUGCUAAGGAGGAUCAUAUAACGCAAUAUGAUAGAAUAAUCGUAAUAAUCCACAACUAUUGAACCAUAGAAAGUACUAAGACGUGACAUUCGAAUCCUUGCCCCAAAAUGCUUAAAGAUUUAAAGAACUUGAA